CGCCUAUAUAUGCGACUUCAGAGACUGGCCUAUUGCAGAACGUGGUUCGCUUAGCAGCAGUGGCCACCAGGAAUGUCUUUCGCCAUGGCUAGGGCUUUCAUCGCCACGGCUGUCUUCAUCGUGGCUAUAGCUGUCGUAACCUCCGGCUGUGACGACUGGCCGUUCAGCACGAAUGUCGCCUGCGAGAACGACGACGGCUUCCCUCCCGUGUGCAUCGAACCGUGUGCACGAAGAGGCUUCGAACUGGCUCGCUGCGUCAACAGGGAGUGCCGAUGCAACACGGACGCCGUGGACACGAAUGAGCCGUGUUCUGCCAGCGACGGCUACCCAUCUCCCUGUCGUGGUUUCUGCAUGAAGCUGCUCAACUACACCAGGGCCAGCUGCGUCAGAGACAGGUGUCGCUGUCUGCCCUGAUCCACUCUCACAGCUGUAUCCUGCGUGUGCAAUAUAUCUUUCACAUUCUAAAAUAAAAAAUUUCGUUCCUCGAAAGUAUGUUUCCUGUGUGACACUUGUCUCCCUAAUCAAUUUAGUGGUGUCUGGAAAUUCGGAAAAUGAAGUAAUUAACGGUGUACAGAGUGGUAGAGCGUUUUAUUUGUUCAAAAAUACAGCAUUCAUAUCUUCCAUCAAGAAUCCAUUCUAUUUUUUUCUGAAUGUGAAUACCUCUAGUUUCCUGGAGUCGGCUACGUACCGAAUAUCCAAAGUACUUUCAACUGUCGUUUGUUUAGUCUACUAGAAAUAUAUUCUCUUAUAGCUGCA